AGGUAACAUAUGUCAAAGAUUUAAGCUUUAUUGAUUUUACCAGAAAACAUUGAAAAUGGGAAAUAUAAAUAUGAUUGGUUGUAUCAUAAAAACACUGUGACAUUUACAGAAUAUUAAUUUCUAAAAAUUGGAACAAUAUAAAACUAUAAAUGACAACCUCUUGACCUAGAUAUGAAUGGAAUUAUGUAUGAUGAUAUAAAUUAUAGUAAUCUGGUAAAAAAUAGUAUGUAACAGAUUGGAAACGUAAUAUGUGUAAAUGCUGUUGGAUAAUAUCACUUUGAAGAGGCAAAAUACAAAAAACAAGACAUUGCAAAUUUCAUGAUUUUACAUAAAUUUUUAUAAAAUCUCUAUUUCUGGAUGAUAUGGAUAUACAGGGUGUGAAUAGGAUACAAAGAGACCCAAAAUACUGGUUGUUCUCAGAAAGGCCAUCCAAAAUUUGGAGUUUUUUCAGUUACACAGUAAUUUUUCUUACUCUUGUUUUCUGCAAAGUGAUGAAAGGAUUGCUGAACACAUAUAAAAUCCAUAAUCAGGAGAGAUUAUACAAAUGUUUGUAUGACAGAGAAGAAAAAAGAGGACUUGUAACAGUUAGUAACCAUGACAGCUGUAUGGAUGAUCCAUUGCUAUGGGGAUGUCUGAAGUGGAGAAAUACAGUUCAACCUGCAAAGGUAAGAUGGAUAACAGCUGCUCAUGAUAUCUGUUUCACCAAGUUUUCCCAUGCUCUGUUCUUCAGUCUAGGAAGAGUAGUACCAGUUAUAAGAGGAGAUGGAGUAUACCAGAGGAGUAUGGACUUUAUACUGGAUAAGAUUAAUAAUGGAGACUGGACACAUAUAUUUCCUGAAGGUAGAGUGAACAUAGACAAAAGCUUCAUUAGAUUUAAAUGGGGAGUUGGCAGACUGGUUGCUGAAGCCAAAAAAAUCCCUGUUGUAUUGCCAAUGUACCAUGUAGGAAUGGAUGAUAUUCUUCCAAAUAAAAAACCUUAUGUUCCAAGAAUCAGAAAGAAGGUGACACUGUUAAUUGGACAGCCAAUGGAAUUUACAGAAGAUAUAGAAUUAAUGAGGCUAAUGAAGAAAACACCUACUGAAAUAAGAAAAUACAUAACAGACAAGAUUCAAGAUGAAAUAUACAAACUGAAAGAAAAAGCCGAACGUUUACAUGUUGAAUCAUUCCAGGAACAUGUUUGAUGAUAAUCUAUUUUUAGUAUUAUAUAUUUUAAUCACCUAAGUGCAUCUUCAAUGUGUUUAUAUGAUGGAUUAAUUGUACUGAGAGAAGAAAAAAGUGUGUGUAAGAAUGGUUGGAUUAUCAGCACAGUGUGUUUGCCUAUAUACUUUAGAUUUAGAAAUUAUGAAAGAUCUGACAAGAAAUUCAUCUUUUAAUGAAAAAUACAUUUUCAUUAUAUUACUAAUAUUCUAUCACAACUUGGUUUAAAAAAAUUAUUAGCUUGGAUUAAUUUUGGAUGAUUGUCAGGGAUACUGAAUUUACAGGACAUUUAUUUUUGUCUUUUUUAUGAAAAUAAUUCUUUUUCGGUUAUAGUUGACUGGUGUGUUUGGCCAAAUUUUUCUUUCUUAAGGUUUCCUCUGUCAAAAAUAUUUCAGUCAUGUUUUUCGCUUAAAGUUAUUUGAAUGGGUUUUAGAAGUACAAAAAUUCUUCCAAUUAAAUUGUCUGUAUAGUUUAUAGAUUUCUUCAGAGUGUAAUAUUUUACUUCACAGUUUUUAUGUUUGAAUGUUUUUAAUCACAUGAAUGAAUUGGUGUUUCAGAAUCUAUAUUAGGUUUACUCAGGGUAUAUAGCACAGAUUUUCCAUAUUUUUACCAUUUAUAAAUGUAUAUUUUCAACUGAUUGACAGACUGACAGUGUAAAUAAUUAAUACUGUAUUGAUUUCAAGAUUAAACAGUCUUACUAUGUAAGAAAUGAGUUACAAUGAUUUGGUCUUUUAUAAAUAAUCUGAAGUUCCUCUGGUUCUAUCCAUGAAGUGCUUUUUAAGGAUUAUGCCUGCUAAGUUGCUUACCCCUACUUUUCUUAAAUUUUCUUAGUUUUUGAAAGAAAAAAGAUGUCACAACUGUAAGAAAAUCUUGCGAGAAUCAUUUCCUGCCAAUUUUUCAAUGGCUUAUGCCUCAAAAACAAGAAAAAAGACCAUUUAUUUUUUUCUACUUUUUUCAGUUAUUUGUAUUUUAUUUUAAUGCCUUUCAUGGGUUCUAUGUGUUUUAAGGAACAGCCAUAACAAAAACUGCUGUGAGAUACUAUUAAAGUUGUGAAAAUUGA